ACGUUCGUAUCGUUAGAAUUGAAAUAGAUUUCGCUAUUUGUAAAGAGAAUAAAGUGGGAAUCGUAUGUAUAUAUAGUGAGAAUAAGGAUGAAUAUAAACUGAUAUAUUGCAAAACCGUUUAUUUUAUUUAUCGUACAUGACUAAUUCAUGUAAUAAUUGCAUAUUCGCAGUUUGAAUCAGCAACACUAAGGUAAAUUGAAUUUCGUUGAUCCUGUAUUCAUUCCCCCCAGACGAGAGAUAAUAAUAGUAAGCGCGUUAUUACUAUUGCGAGUAUUAAGCACAAAAUGACACAGAUGGAUGAAACAUUGGCGAUAUUGGACCACAGUUUACUACAGGAGUUGGAAUGUCCGGUUUGCACAGAGAUUAUGCAUCCACCUAUAAAGCAGUGCAUAACGGGGCACAGUUUCUGCUCUCUGUGUUACAUGAAAUUGAGAAAGUGCCCUACGUGCAGACAGCAGCUGUCCACGACGGCGAGGAGCUACGCUCUGGAGAGGCUACACUCCAAAUUGGUUUUCCGCUGCAUGAAUCGCGACGAGGGUUGCGAUAUAAUAGACUACGGUAAAAACAUAUUGGAACAUCAGCAGAUCUGUUGUUACGGUGCGAAGAGGUGUCCCCUGCAGGUGAUAAACGAUUGUCAAUGGACGGGCCACACCAGAGACAUGGUGGAUCACUGCAAAGCGGAGCAUCCGAACAACAUCUUCAUCACCAAACGACAAAGAUUAACAUGUUCGAAUUUCUCGAAGUGUCAUGCAGCCACGACGAGUUACUUCUACAUCAUCUUCUACGCACACAACGAGUUCUUCAAGUGCGCCUGGCAGGUGAACUUCGACACCGGUUUUAUGCGUUGGUGCGUCUUCAAGAUGAACCACAGCAAGAAGCAAAACUAUCAUUUUCAAAUCGAAAUCGAGAACCAGAACCAAGAUGGCGAUAGGCUCGUCGUGAACGGUAAAUGUCCAGAACUGAAAACGGAGCAGCAAGACGUCGUCUUCAACAACAAGCAGUUCUUGAUCACGCACUACGACAUGAUCAAGGGAUUCUGUAAAAACACCGACCUAAUCUACAUCGUGAACAUAAUAAAAGACGAGGAUUUAUAAUUCUGUGACACCAAACCACACACACAAAAAAAAGGACAAAAACUGUAAAAAAAAAAAUUAUGAUCGUAACGAUGUGUAAAUAGACUGUGCUGAAUGUGUUCGUUUCUUAAAACUGACAUAAUUAAGUAUAUAAUUGCAAUUUGUGUGCAAUUUUCUUUCUUUUAAAAUGUAUAAAAAAAAAUUGUUUGAUUUUAAAUUGUAUUUCGCUCCGUAGAACAUUCCAGUUAGUAAUUAUUCCAAUUUUUUUUUUGAUAUACGUUAAGAACAAUAAAAUUGUUUAUUUCUGGAUGGAUC